UGUCAGCAAUUGCUGGAGACAAGCUUCCAUGUGUGAAAGCGCCUUGGCAUGAAUGCCUGGGCCGUACCAAGUGCGGCGGCGGCCAGAGGGGGAGGCCGCGGCGGCGGCACGGCGGAGCCGAGCAGACAAUAGGCCCCUCCAGUGGCCCCCCUAAAGUUGCUUGGAUGUUGCCCUAGUGCCUCGCCGCCGCCAGGCCAGGCCGGGCAGCGCAGGGGAAGGGGCCGCCUCGUUGUCUCCCCCCUCCAAGCCCCCGCCCGCGAUGAGGCGCCACGAAUCCUCCUCGUAGCAAGGUGAUCUCUGCUUGUGUGAGAAGGGUUCUGAACUCAUCCCCUCCAUGAUGAGCACUGCAGUGUCGUGACACCAGGGGUCUUGCGCGGCCCUGGAGAUGCGAGACUUCCCCUCAGCGGCAGGAGGCACGCAUCUGGAGAAUGUUGGAGCGGCAGGAGGGAAGUGCCCCGCGCAAAAGCAGAGAGGAACAAAAAGGAAAAAGGCAAGCAGACGGACAGCACUGAGAGACGUGUGUGGCAGAAAGUGCUGCAAAGCUGCCCGUGGCAGCCGGCUCCCCAGAGGAACUUGA